AUGGCACUUUCUGGGCUUAAGCAGCAACUCAAGCACCAUAUCCAAUCCAUGGUGAACGAGGGAAUUUUAGUUGAACAACAGUUUGCUCAAGUUCAAGAGCUGAAAAAUUCGGAAAAUCCUAAAUUUCUUGCCCAAGUGCUCAACGAUUUCUGUGACGGAGCAGAGUCAAGUAUAGCCAAUUUGAAUAAGCUUCUAGGUGAAGAACAUGUUGAAUUUGAUAAGUUAAAUGCUAGCAUUCACCAAUUAAAAGGAAGCAGCUCCACCAUUGGAGCAUAUCAAAUGCGCCUUGCUACUGUUGAUCUUAUUAAAGCUGUUGAUGAACAAAACAAGGAAAGGUCCUUGGAGGCCUUGAAAAAAGUUACAGCUGAGUACCUGAGAAUACAGUACAAAUUGCAAACCAUUAUUCAGCUGGAGAACAAGAUAUAUGAUAUUGAAUCCAAACCUGCAAUGAAUGAUGGUAAUUGUGCAGCAGGGCCUUCAAAUUCUAAACAUAUCUGA